UCCUCCCACCGAGCACAGAGCCUGAGCUAAAGCCGCUUGUUUAUGAGACGUAGUAGACCACAAGCACGGAAGGACCCAACAUCAGACCAGACGCAACAUAUAAAAGGUCGCACCAGUUGACAUGGGUGGUGCAGUAGCAUUUACCCGGCCACUCCGUGGAAAAUGACCCAGCGCAAUGGAGACAGUGGGACGAGGGACCGCAGCCUUCAAAUGGACUCCAGCGGGGCCCCUGAACAGGCCAAUGGCAAGGAUCAGGAGCUGGAGGGAGGCAACAUCAACCGUAACCCAGAGGAGGGGGUUGAAAAGGUUGGCGGUGGACCCCAGGGUUCUGCCCCAAUGCCGGGGGCCGUCGUAGCCCCUGACGGCGGCUGGGGCUGGGUGGUGCUCGUGGCUACCAUCUUGGUCCUAGCUCUGACCCUGGCCUUCCCCUCCUGUGUGGGCAUCUUCUACACAGACUUGCAGAAGGAGUUCCAGGCCACCAACAGUCAGACUUCAUGGGUGCCCUCCAUCAUGACUUCGGUGCUGCAUGCGGGAGGCCCUUUUUGCAGUGCAUUGGUGGAAAGAUUUGGUUGCCGAGCAACGGUCAUGCUGGGAGGAGUGCUGAGUGGCUUCGGGAUGGCCGCAAGCUCCUUUACCAAUUCCAUCACUGAGCUAUACAUUACUGCUGGGAUUAUAACAGGCCUUGGCUUCUGCUUCAGCUUCCAGGCGGCCGUGACCAUCCUGGGCCACUACUUUGUACGCCGGCGCACGUUUGCCAACGCCAUGUCGUCCACGGGGACGGCCCUGGGCCUGUGCACCCUGCCCAUCCUGGGCCACUACCUCAACACUGAGCUGGGCUGGCGGGGGAGCUUCCUGGUGCUGGGGGCGCUGCUGUUAAACUGCUGCGUGUGCGGAGCGCUGAUGAGGCCCCUCGGGCCCCGCAGGCCCCGCGGACAGCCCCUCAUGCCCCUGAAACAGCCCGACGGCGGCGGCUGCGGGGGGGGGACCCGGCAGAGCAAGUCGAGGUGGAGGGGCCUGUGCGACAGCCUGGGCGCCUCCCUGCGCAAACACAUGGCCUUCGACCUGUUCCUGAAGAACCUGCACUACCGCGUGUACUCCAUCGGCAUCACCUGGAUGAUGCUGGGCUUCGUGGUGCCGCUGGUGUACCUGGUGCCCUACGCCACGGACAACGGCAUGGAGCGGAGCGAGGCGGCACUGCUGCUCUCCAUCCUGGGCAUCAUCAACAUCAUCGUGCGGCCGCCCAUCGGCCUGCUGUUCAACCUGCCCUGGUUCAAGGGGCGGCACAUCUACGUGUUCUCCUCGGCGCUGCUGGUCAACGGCCUGAGCAACAGCAUCUGCUGCUUGGGCGCCAGCUUCCCCGUGCUGGUGGUGUACGUGGUGAUGUACGGGCUCUCCAUGAGCGUGGUGGGGUCCCUGAUGUUCACCGUGCUCAUGCAGACGGUGGACAUGAGCGCCUUCCCGUCGGCCCUGGGCCUGCUCGCCGUCAUGGAGAGCGUCACGCUGCUCAUCGGACCCCCGCUCGCAGGAGUACUGGUGGACAGAACAGGGCAGUACUUCCAUAUGUUUUUGGUCUGCAGUUUUGUUGUUGCCACAUCUGGCCUGUACCUCAUGGUGUCGUUUUACGUGCUGGGCCAAAGGGACAAGAAGUCGGCACCUAAGGGGCAGCCUCUGGCUGUGACAGACCAGGACGUAUCCACUCAGUGUCAGUACAGCAGUGUGCCAACAGAUGGCGCCAAAACCCAAUCUGAAGACCACAGUGCAUAGGAAAUACAGCUGCCAAGUUUCCACCCUUUGUGAAUACUUUCUUGUUUACUGGCCGUAUCGGAUAGGACCUGUAUUGAAAUAGGCCAAAGGGUGUAACGACUUACCAAACAACACAUCUGACUUUAUUGACCGCACCAAGCAGCAAACCAUGCCCAGUAAUGUCACUUGCAAUAGUUAUAUCAUUCUACAGACCAAUUGAAAGAACCUGCUUUUCAUCAACAUUACCUUAAGUUUUUUUUUUUUUUGGGUCUGGAUUGGCUUUAAAUGCAAAUAAUGAAUUGGUUAAUGAUUGCAUAGGAAGAUUGUGCAAAUAAUCCUUUGGUGCCAAACACCUUAUGUCACAGGGUCUACCUGUUGGUUUGGUCAGCACUUUUACAGGCUGAUCUUGCUGUUUAGGAAGACAUGGUGGUUCUAUUGUCAUCCGGUGGCCAUUCUCUAUAGUACAGUAAUAGUACUGAAGCCUUCUUAAUGUACCAAACAUGAAGGCUAAAAACGGCUAAAUCUGGUGAUGGUGUGAACAUGGUUUCAACAUAUGGUGAGAAACAUUGAUUGUACUAUGCUAUAUACACCAAUAAUGCUUUGGACCUUACACACAAAGGUGCUCAUCCUUUUCACAUUACACUCAUUACACUCUCGCUCUAUUAAAAAAAAAGAUUUUCAUAAUCCACCACGAAAUGGAAAUAUGUUGUGGUAUAGUGGUGGUAAAAUUGCAGCUCAACUUUUGAUGACCAAUGAGAAAAGAGAAUUUGCCUAAGAUGAGCUGGACGAAAUAGCAGGUGUUUGGGCUGCCAUGGUGUCAGCAAUACCUUAGCAGAAUCGAAUUGGACAACAAGUUUUAGAAGAUGGAUGCAUAUGAUCUGUCUGACAAUCGUAAACAAUUGUGUGUAAAUGAAUAUAGUUUCAAGCACAAAGGUUCAAAGACAAUAUUGUAUUCUUUUUCAGCCGACUGCCAAGUGAUUAGUCCUGUUAGUGAUGAGUUAUUAUUGGAGAUAAUAGCUAAUUUCAUGUUAUUUCAAUGUAGCUGGCACAAAGUGGUGGUUUUCUUUUAAAGGAAAACAACCACUGAAAAGGUAAUAAUUUCAAGCAAACACUGAAGAGAUGCUCAAUUAUUUAGUUGAACUCUGAGGUAGAAUGUAACACUGAUAAAUUAAAUGCAUUAGGUCCUAUAUAAGGACCAACACAACUGCUAUUUAUGUACAUUUUCCAGAUUACCUAUUGAAAAGUGCCUUAUGUUACUAAGCUUUGCAAUCUCAAUCAAAAAUUGUAACUGCCUGGAUGCAGCAUUCUCAUAUUCACGGUAGCCAUAAGAAAUAGUAGGGCUAUCUCUGUAAUUGUGCUAGAGUAAAUGUGUAUGAUAUUGCAAUAGAUAGUGCUAUGGUGCGACAUUUGUGUGUAAUGUAAAUGGUUACAUCCAAUGUUUAGAGCCAAUGUCCUACCGUGACUUCUGCCUGUUACAGCUAUUUUUACGGAGGAUUAGCCUACAUCACAGGAGCUAGGCUAUAUCAGUUUACUUAUUUUUGUGGUGAUAUGACUGAAAGCAUACAAUAAAUGUAUUCUAUUUGGACUUUAUUCUUUAUUUUUCUCCCUAGAAGCACAUGGUUAUACAAUUGUUAGUUAACGAAUAUAUUCGUGUAUAGAAUAUAUUUAUUUAUUUGGGGAAAAGUUACUUCUGAUCAAAUGGUAACGAUAUUAAGAUAUAAAUUAUUAAUGCUUCACGGAAAUAUCUGACAAUAAAUGCAUUUUUCCGCCUUGAUUAUGCUUGCUUUGUUUGUGCAUCACUAGCUCUCUUAAACAACAUUGUAUGUAGGCUAAUGUGUAUCCGGUUUCCCGCCCACAAAUGUAAUCUCGUUUCCAGGUGUGAGUGAGUGAGAAAAUGAAACUUACCGUAGUUUGCGAUAUAGGAAUUUUUGAACUGGGGGGACAAAGCUGUCAGCAAAUGAUUUCAACUCAAUAAGUUAUUUUUGUGUAAUCUGGGUUUUAACUAGCGCUCAAGUAGUUACUUUCGUAAUAGCCUAGGGCCAAUGGUUUGUACUAAAAAGCCAUUGGAGAAUUCUUAUUGGAAGUCAUGGAUAAACAACAGUGAACAUUGUUAAACAAAGGCCUACUUGAUCAACACUAGCCAGAUAUAAUGAAACUGUUAUUUGUCUGGAAUGCGAAUCA